CAUUGAGGAGUCCUUGGACGGUAGGAGGCGUGACAUGUAGCGGCGUGUAGACAUCUUCAGAUUCCUGUCUGACAUAAAGCAUGACCCGUUCUUCAGAAUCGUUUCCACGGAGGUGAGAUUGCUGAGUCUGAUGCUGUAGAUGCAGACGAUUACUGACACUGGAGACGAGAGUUCCUGCAGUGGAGGUCAAAGCACCUGGAGGAACUCCUUGAAGAACGGUGCCUUGCAAUUCCUGGACUUGCAUCAGCAGCGAGUCUUUUUUGUCGUGGAUUCCGGCGAGAUUGUCUGGAGGAAAGUGAUUGUGAAAUUUUAAAGCUGGAAGACUGGGUCUUCCGCAUCCUGGGUACGGACUACUGGUUCCUGUUUUCAUUCCGCCCUCACCGUUGCUGAGCGAUGAGGUGUCUGUGUCACCACCGCCAUUUCCCGCCCCGUAAAACCCUGAUAAUUCCAUUGUUGAAAACUGCUGAACAAAAAUUUGAUAUUUAUAAAUCUUACCCGCAUCAAGAAUCCGUUGCUUCACUGAAUGCUGCCGACCGUGCCAAAAUUGCCAAGCUUUUAUUUCGUCUUCUGGGCUUUUUUCUUCACGGAACAUUAACAUUACAACACUCUUUAUUGGCCAAGAGAAAGUCAACGCAUUUAUGUUCAAACUUUUGGUUACAGUUUUAUUUCAUAUAA